AUGGCGACAAAAAGGCAAGAAAAAGGCAAGAAAAAGAAGAAGAGGAGGAGGAUUGACCGCAGUAUGAUCGGAGAGCCGACAAACUUCAUCCACCUCACACACAUCGGCUCUGGAGAGAUGGCCGAGGGCCUGCAGCCGUCUGGAACGGUUCAGGAACAGAUGAGGUCUAAAGGCCCGAACAUGAACGGCAGGAACAGCAUGUUAUAGCCGGAGUGUGUUAAUCGGACGUAGACCUGCUGGCCGACCUUCUCUUCCCUCCUUCCCUCCUUCCCUCCUUCCCUCUCCUCCUUCCCUCUCCUCCUUCCCUCUCCUCCUUCCCUCUCCUCCUUCCCUCUCCUCGUCUCCGAAAUCCGACCACCGGGCAAAACAAGACCUCUUCUCUAAACGAGGGCUGAAAAUGUGGCUCGUAUUAUGUCGUUCCAGUAUUCAUCCACCAGCUCUGCAUCAGUCUGUCCGCAGAUAUAAACCACACAAAGGACAAGGACUACAUCUCCCAGCAUGCCUUUUAAAGUGCACAUCAAGGAGACAUUUUUUUUUUUUUUUAUAAUUUUUUUGGAAUUUAAAAUCUAAGCCAUUUGAAUCGGAGUGAAGAAUACAAGCUGUUUUCUCCACUCGCGGGCAGAGUUUUCUACCCCAACGUCAGUAUUAAAUCAACCCGACCGAUGACAUCACUGGACUCCAUUUCCCAGAAUCCCCUUCUAUUCAGGAUGUGCGGCAGAAUGACCGAGUGUGUGUAUUUAAGAAUAAGAAAAAGAAAUAGUGGCUCCGAAAGUGUUGCUUUUAAAUUGUCACGAUAAAGACUACAUUUCCCAGCAUUCAUAGGGAGGGUAGAGUUUUUUCUCACUGCUCUGAGGGGUUGAGAAGAAAUCCCUCAAUCCUUCAUUUUAAACCCUCAUGCUGGUGGAAACCCUCCCAACCCAAAAUAAAACAGCUUUUCCAAUUCCCUCAGUGGACUACAUUUCCCAGGAUGCUUCACUCUGCUCAGCUGUGCUGUUACUUGUAAAAGAUUAUUAUGCCUUUAGAUGGACUCGGGACACACAGUUCAAAACUCCCUUUAGAAAAUGAGCUGUUUUUGUAAAAGUUCUGUAUUUCAACUCAUAAAAAGAUUUUCCUUCUCUUUCUGUUUUUGACUACUUGAACUGUGAGUCGGGGGCCCCAAAACGGGUCUUAAUCUCGUACACUGUGGGACCCCAAGAAGACAGAAGUGUUAACUUUUAACUUUUUUUAACUUCAGGUGUCACUUUGGGACAUUUUCAGGACUUUUUGUUUAAAAUAUUUCAUCCUGCAUUUUGGUGGGAACCCUCAGAGGUUGGCUGGGACACACAGUUCAAAACUCCCAUUAGAAAAUCAGCCGUUUUUGUAAAAAUUCUCUAUUUGAACUCAUAGAAAAAUGUAUUUGUGAUUUUUGGUCAUGUGACUACUUAAACUGUGGGUUGGGCCCCAAAACGGGUUUUAAUCGGACAUAUUUUGUGUCCCAAGAAGACAGACCUUUUCAGUUUUAACUUCAGGUGCCAGGCUGAGACACUUUCGGGACUUCUGUUUAAAAUAUUUCAUCCUGUGUCUCGUGGGAACUCUCAGAGGUUGGCUGGGACACACAGUUCAAAACUCCCAUUAGAAAAUCAGCCUUUUUUGUAAAAAUUCUCUAUUUGAACUCAUAGAAAGAUUUCUUUGUGAAUUUUGGUCAUUUGACUACUUAAUCUGUGGGUUAGGGCCCAAAACGGGUUUUAAUCGGAUAUAUUUUGGGGCCCCAGGAAGACCGAAAUGUUAACUUUUUAACUCAUGGACAUUUCAUAAUGCAUCUGGUGGGAAGAUCAAGUUUUACCUGCUUUAUAUUUUGAGUAUUUGAACAUUUUCUACGCAGACUUUUCUGCUGUUUUUGGUUAAUUUGCCGUUUGAUUUUUUUUAUUGUUGUCUUUCGCGCUGAUGAUGUGUGCUACUGCUUUGGUGCUAACUUGGGUCUCUUGGUAUGUGAGUUGAAGGAUACUUGUAUUAAACUGGUUCAAAUUCCCCAAAAUCUUUAAUUCGAGCACUUUAUAAGAACUGUAACAUCUGGAUUUUAGAGUCCAAGCCGAACCCACCAAACUGUGUACAAAUAUCUGUAUAUUUAAAAAAAUAGAAUAAAAUAAAUCCCAUUAUAUUUAAACA